CUCUACCUCAUUAGACCUCCCUCGUCUAUAUUUCUCCUCCCAAAUUGGCCCAAACCAUUACACUAUGGGUGGGCGCAAGUUCAAACUAUCAAAUAUGAUCCCUAUAGCUUGGUUCUAUAAGCUCAAGAAUCUAAACAAAUCAAUGAAUCAAAACCCUAAUCACUCCAAACCCAAUAAACAUCAUUCUUCUUCCUCCUCAUCUUCAUCAUCAUUAAUAGUAACAAAUUCCUCUCAUUCUUCAGGGUUAUCCUUAUCAUCAUCAACAUCAUCUUCACUAUCUGUUGUUCCUCAACAAACCCAUCUCUCCCUCAAUAGAACUUCUCAAUACUUCAAAAGAGACCUCAUCACAUCUCUGCCCUCAAAAUCCUCCGACACCCAAUCCAUGGAUUCUCCAAGAAAAUUUUCCAGACGCAGGCGAAUAAACAGAAGAAACAGAGUAUCAUCUCCUCGCCGGAAGAACCCAGUUGCUCCUACCGAUGAUGACAAAUCACUAAUCUUGAAAGAUUCCAACUUUGGUAAGUUGCUAAAUGUUGAACUUCCUCCAAUUGUAACAAAAAAAGUUGAAAUAAAGAAGACCCAAGUUGGAAUAUCAUCGGAAAAUGUCAUGAAUUGGUCAGUUAGAAGACUAUCUGUAAGUUCACCGAAGAUGAAGGAACAGGGGAAGAAGAUGAAGAAGAAGAAGGAUCGGAGAAGUGGGUCAAGGCUGUCGGGGAGUUUCGCGGUGGUGAAAUCGUCGGUAAAUCCGAAGAAGGAUUUCAUGGAAUCAAUGGUGGAGAUGAUUGUUGAGAAUGAGAUUGAAGGAUCAAAAGAUUUGGAAGAUCUUCUUGUUUGUUAUCUUCAAUUGAACUCAGAUGAGUAUCAUGAACUUAUCAUAGCUGUGUUCAAGCAAAUCUGGUUCAGUGUUGCAGAUAACAGAUUGAAGAUGAAGAAGAAGUAAUUAGGAGUAACUUUAAUUGUUUAUUGUUAUGUAAUUUAAGUUACUAUGAAAAAUGUUACUCCCUCUACCAGGUUUUAAUGUAAGUUAAUAUAAUGUUUAAUGUAAUAUUAUGUUUAAUUAAGGUAAAUAUAAUAUAAUAUAAAUAUAUUAUUGAUAUUAGUUGAAAAUA